GCUGGGACUGGGAAGGAGUGGAGACUCCCAGGACCGGGAGUGAGCGGCUGUCCUGCCCCAGGCCCGGGGACCUGAGGCUGGGGAGGGAUUCUGGCCUCUCCAACCCACAGGCACGGGGCUGAGUGGCAGCAGCCGUGGGGUGUCUGCCCCCCCCUUGGGGGGGCAGGCAGGGCCUCAGGCCUGGGUGCCACCUAGCACCUGGAAGAUGCCGGUGCCCUGGUUCCUGCUGUCCUUGGCACUAGGCCGGAGCCCAGUGGUCCUCUCUCUGGAGAGGCUGGUGGGGCUCGAGGACACUGCCCGCUGCUCUCCGGGCCUGUCCUGCCACCUCUGGGAUGGCGACCUGCUGUGCCUGCCUGGGAGCCUCCAGCAGGCCCCGGGCCCCGUGCUGGCGCCCACGCGCCUGCAGACAGAGCUGGUGCAGAAGUGCCACCAGGAGUCCGACUGUGACCUGUGCGUGCGCGUGAUUGUCCACCUGGCUGUGCACGGGCACUGGGAAGGGCCGGAAGACGAGGGAGAGACGGCCGCAGACCCAGCGCCCGAGGACCCCAGGAACGGCUCUCUGCAGGCCCAAGUCGUCCUGUCCUUCCAGACCAUCCCCAUCUCACGCUGCGUCCUGCUGGAGGUGCAGGCGCCCGCUGCCCUGGUGCAGCCCGAUCAGUCUGUGGGCUCUGUAGUAUUUGACUGCUUCGAGGCUGCUCUGGGGGCUGAGGUACGAAUCUGGUCCUCCACUCAGCCCAGGUACCAGCAGGAAGUCAACCUCACGCAGCAGCUGCCUGACUGCAGGGGGCUCGAAGUCCGGGACAGCAUCCAGAGCUGCAGGGCCCUGCCCUGGCUCAGCGUGUCUGCAGAUGGCGACCAGGUGCACCUGCUGCUGGACGUCCCCGAGGAGCAGCGCUUCUGCCUCUCCCUGUACUGGCACCAGCUCCAGGGCCCUCCAAAACCCCGAGGGCACAGCAACCUGACUGGGCCACAGACCAUUGCCUUGAACCACACAGAUCUGUUUCCCUGCCUCUGUAUUCAGGUGUGGCCCCUGGAGCCUGAUGCCGUCAGGACAAGCGUGUGCCCCUUCAGGGACGACCCUGGUGCACACCAGAACCUCUGGCGGGCGGCCCGGUUGCGCCUCCUGCCCCCGCGGAGCUGGCGACUGGAUGCGCCCUGCGCACUGCCCGCCGAGGCCGCGCUGUGCUGGCAGGUUCGGGGAGGCCCCUGCCAGCCGCUGGCCCCGCCGCUGCCCCGCGAGAACGUGACUGUGAAUAAGCCCCUUGAGUUCCCGGUCCUGAAGGGCCAUGCUAACCUCUGUGUCCAGGUGAGUGACGGGGAGAAGCUGCAGCUGCAAGAGUGCUUGUGGGCUGAAUCCCUGGGGCCCCCCAAGGAUGAUAUGCUGCUGCUGGAGACACGAGGCCCCCAGGACAACAAAUCACUCUGUGCCUUGGAGCCCAGUGGCUGCACCCCACUGCUGGACAGGGCUUCCACGAGGGCAGCUCGCCUUGGAGAGCAGUUACUGGAGGAUCUGCAGUCAGGCCAGUGCCUGCAGCUGUGGGAGGACGAGCUGGGUGCACUAUGGGCCUGCCCCAUGGACAAGUAUGUGCACCGGCGCUGGGCCCUGGUGUGGCUGGCCUGCCUACUCCUUGCCGCGGUGCUUUUCCUUCUCUUCCUCCUCAAAAAGGGCCGCGUGAAAGCGGCCGCCAGGGGCCGCGCGGUCCUGCUGCUGCACGCGGCCGACGACGCGGGCUUCCAGCGCCUGGUGGGCGCCCUGGCGUCGGCGCUGAGCCGGCUGCCGCUGCGCGUGGCCGUGGACCUGUGGAGCCGCCGGGAGCUGAGCGCGCUGGGGCUGGCCUGGGCGCACGCGCAGCGGCGCCGGACCCUGCAGGAGGGCGGCGUGGUGGUGCUGCUCUUCUCGCCCGCGGCCGCGGCGCUGUGCCGCGAGUGGCCCGACGGGGCGCCGGCGCCCGGGGCGCGCGGCCCGCACGACGCCUUCGCCGCCUCGCUGGGCGGGGUGCUGCCCGACCUGCUGCGCGGCCGCGCGCCCGGGCGCUACGUGGGCGCCUGCUUCGACCGCCUGCUGCCCGCGGCCGCCGUGCCCGCGCCCUUCCGCGCCGCGCCGCUCUUCGUCCUGCCCGCGCAGCUGCCCGCCUUCCUGGGCGCCCUGCUGGGGCGCGGCGCCCCCGGGCCCGGGCGGCUGCGGGCGCGGGCGGAGCGCGUGGCCCGGGCGCUGCAGCCCGCGCUGGACGGCUGCCUGGGGGCGCCGGGGCGGGCGGCGCCGGGGCGGGGGGCGCGGCGGCCCCCGGGCGUGAAUAAAGCAGACGCUGUUUCCCACCCCGCCUCCCGCACGUGUGUCCGCGCCGGGCCCUUUGACCCCGACAGGUGCAGCCCGGCGCCGCCUCCGGUUGGCCGGCGCGGGGUGACGUCAAGGCACACGGCCCGCCGCCAUUGGCUGCGGCCCGGCCCCGCCCCCCGGGCUGCGGCGCCGCCGGGGCACGUCUGA